CGAUAACGCAGCAAAGCUGGCAGUCAAUCAUGGCCUUCACGAUUUACUCACUUUUUGAAGCUGUCUUAUUGUGUAUAAAUGGUAUAGCAAUUCUUCACGAGGAACGAUUUCUCAACAGAGUUGGAUGGGGUAGUAAUCAGAAUAUUGGAGGAUUUGGAGAAGAACCAGGAAUGAAGUCACAAUUGAUCAAUCUUAUACGUUCUGUUAGAACCGUAAUGAGGGUACCGCUGAUAAUUCUGAACACAGUGACAAUAUUUUUUGAACUGAUCCUUGGAUAGAAGACAUAUCAUUCCAUAUUCUUUAUUUAUUCCUACCUACUAUAUUGCAUAUGGUGUAGAAUUAGAAUCAAUUGAUUAUUCAAACCUGGUCCGACACAAGGUGAAGCCUUUUGCAUCAGCUUGUUUAGGGAUAUUUAUUCCAUUUCUGGAUAAGAGUAUGAUUUCACUGUAUUGAAGCUUGUAAGAAUAAAUAGUGAAAAAUAGCCACAACUUUGUAAUGCUGAAGAUAAUCAAAGCAAUCUCAAAACAAAAGUUUUUUGUCUUAAGUAGGUUGAGGGUGCUGUAACUAAAGCUGGAAACUGAGUGUUGUAUCAUGGUGGUUCGCUGUAUCAUUGAUUCACGACUUGCAAACACUGCCACUCUAAAAGGAUUGUUAAUAUUAUACUUGUUUGCCAGGGACACUCUGGUGACAUUUGCAAAUUCAUCUGCAGAUGUGUUAACCUUUGCACCACUAGACUUUCGCCAACAUUUUUCUGCAUUUUUUUCAAUAAUUCUGGGAAUGAACCCUAAUUUUGGAGCCAUAAAAAUUUAAGUCAGUUUUCAGUUUUUAUUAAAAAAAAUUGGCUAUUUUUUUCCCAAUCUUCUGAAGGAAAGUGCAGACUAUAAACCGGAUGAUUUUUGAAUUUGUGAUGAAAAGAGGGAACUGGUGGUGAAAAGGUUAUAAAGUUGCACUCACUUAUACAAAACAGAUUAUUUUGUUUUCAACUCUAAGUGUCCUAUUGCAAGAAAUGCUGUAAACUCUAUUUUAUAGUGAUGUGUUACAGUAUUUUGUCUAACAUUACAUAUUAGUUCUUUUUGAAUAAAUGUAUGUAUUUUUAUUCAAAAAUAUUGGUUUACAAAAUCAUUUAAAAUGAACUGAUUAGUACCAAAUUAAUUUGUAAAACAAUAAAACACUACCCUUGACUAUUAAUCAAUUAUUCUAGUAUGCAGAAUCUUCAAUUGCAAAAUUCCUCGUUCAUUUUGAAGGUACAAUAGAAAGUUAGUUAGUUACCUCGACUACAACAUAAUAACAUCAUGCUACUUACUGCCUUGGUUUGUUAUCAGUAUACAUGUUAAAAAAAAAAUACAUAUGACCUUAGAGAGCGCUAUACACAGUUAAUGAAUUUGUGGGCAUUUAAUACUAACAUUUUAUG